AUGUGCGGGAGCGGCUGCGGACUCCUGUAUGAGCCUGACGUCCCGCUCGAGGACAUCACUUGCCCUUGUGGCAAGGGAUAUUGGAACGUCUUCGAAGAGCGAUUUGUGGAUGGGGAUCAGGUGCGCCGAGGAGCGGCGGCAAGACGCCAAUACGAGGCAAGAGUAAGGGAAACACUAUCGGCAGAAGAAUAUACGGCAAAGAUUAGACAUCAGUGGAUCGUUCAUUUCCUUGAUUGCGAAAUCAAGAGGAGCAUGGAUGAUGAAGCCAGGGAAAAGGGUGUUUAUAGCGACGCAACGAUGCGCCGAGCGCUGGCCGAGUUAUAUGAAAUGUCGCAAGGAGACUACACAAGUCGAGGCACCUCUCAGACGCUGGGCAGUCCAUCUGCCCUCCAAGCGCUACGCCCGCAAGGCGGUGAUCCAAGGCUAUCACUAAUGCCCCCAGGAGACAACGACGAUCAAGCAGACACUUUGGAAACUCCAGUCACAACCGCCCGCGCCGUACGUACCGACCAUAUAACUCGUCAAAGUCGAUUCCCGCCUGGAGAAGGAAAGAACGCCGGGGGUGAACUUAGCUACGUCCCGGGAGGCAGUAGAUCAGGCGCUAGGGCCGACUCGACCCAAGCACGACCACCAGAGUUUUUUCUUCCCAGCGAAGGUAUCUCGUUAGAAGUUCUAAAGCUCUACCAUGAGAGAGGUGUGUUUGGCCGUCAGACGUCGGUAGAAUCGCAUUCCAGGGAUGGCAAGGAGGGAUAUCUCAUUGAAGGACAAGACCUCCGCUAUCCUACUCCUACCGAUAUAGCAAAGCUGAAGCAAGAUUCGCGACGUUUUGAGGCUGAGACGAUUACCCGACUCCACACGGACAGGCGUCCGUCCACGGAGAGACGCGAGGCGUAUCACAAGCCCGACGACCGUUCAUUAGGCCACAGGAGGAGUUCCCAGGCAGGAGAAGACAGCGCCGGGGAAAUCGCCCGGGGCUUGACCGAUCUCGAUGUCGACUCGAACGCAGCUCGUGAGUACCACGGUGGCGGGUCCACGGUACGCCGAGGCUCUUCGUCAGGCAUUUCACGGAGGCGUAAGCCUCCGCGUCGAGAGUCCCUUGAACCUGAUGACAAUUGA